UACUUCUUUAAAGCUCAUGCUAUCAAGCACAUUUAUGGUCUGCAUGACAUAGUUAUUAAACUACUUUCAAAGAAGUGGGUCUCCCAGACCUCCAUACUUGCUCAUCAUUGAAAAAGAGCCCCUUACCACAAAAAGCACCAACAGCUCCGCCCUUUGCUAUCCCAGAGAUUCCACCUGGGGUGGUGUAUGAUGAACUAUGUGCAUAGAAUUAUGCAUUGUGAUUUAUAGGAAACUCAGAGUGUCAGAAAACCACAAAUUUCACACCUUAGCCCAUCUACUGCUGCCUGCUCGCGCACAUGCACACUACACAGAAAACUAUAAAUAUCGUCUCAUUCAGACUGAUAGGAGCAUUCAGACUUUGACAGAGGCGCAGUGAGCACAGCAGUGACUUCAGCCAAAGAGAACCAACAGGUGACGCGAAAAGACAACUUUGUGUACGGCACUUGGGAAUAUCUGUGGGAAUUUGGUAACAGGCUGAAACUUGCAUAAGAAACGAAUGAUGACUCUGUUUUGGAGAAUAUGUUUUGUCUUUUUUGGAAUGAUGGCGUACUCUGAGGCCUCCCUCCCGAAGAACAUCAAGGAGUCUAUUGACCAUCUGAAUAAUCAUUAUGUAAGAAAAAAUCCCAACCCUGGCAAAUUGUACGAUGGUCAUUCUCUCUUCCUAGACAAGCUGAAGGAUAGAACAUUUGAGGAGGGUGAACAGAAGCUCCUGAUGACUAUUAUUCUCGAUGCAUACAACAAAAUUUUCACCAAGAUGGAGAAUGAGACUCAGGAUGAAACGCUGAAGAAUGACUUGCACGAAGUGAAAGAACAAAUGAACAAUCUGAAAGAACACUACUUCUCCGGCAAACAUGCAGAAAUCAAGAAAUAUGUCACUGAGCUGCUGGCCCUUAAGGAAAAUGACCCACGGAUCCAGAGCAAAGCAAUAUUUGAGCUGAAGGCCAUCUACAAUAAGGCAGCGAACCUGGGGAGGAUGUCAGCAGAAAACCCUCGGAGACGACGUCAAGCUAAAAGCUCCAAAAAGCAGCAUUCAUAACCAAAAAGCUAAUUUGUUGAGAUUGUUACCUAGGAGGUGCUUUAAGGUGUAGAUUUAUUUAUUCUAAUACAGUACCUCAUAUUUUAUAUUUUAGUGAUACUGACAUAAUUUAUUAAGUGUUUAAUUCUGAAUUGUGUUAAUUUAUUUAAUUUGCUAUUUAUUUUGUGAAAGAUUUGCCCAUUGUUUAUUUGGGUUUAGCAAUUGUUUAUUACUUGCUAAAGCAAAUGUUGUAAGGUCUAUGACUAAAUAAAUUGAAAAUAUUUAUUAUAAUAAGUGGUUUGUAUUAAUUUCUGAAAAGCUGUAGCAAAAACAUCAUUGUGAGAUGACUCAAUAACUAUGGUGAAAUUAAUAGGAAAGUUCUGUGGUUACAUUGCCAUGCAUGCAAGAGUUCAAGGGUAAUGCUUGA